AUGGAUAACGGAUGUCAUUGCGCAGCCAGCACAGACAGGCUUUCAAAUCCUAUCCUCUAUAAAAUCCUGAGUCAAAUGGAUAACAGCGAACAAAGCCAAAACUGCUUCAACUACAAUUCAAUACCUCAUAGAUGCAACUGUGAGCUGCGACGGACAGUGUGCUUGAAAAGGUCCUCUGAGGUUUGCAAAGAAGCGUCUGCAGUUCUGGUUAAAACUGUUCAUUUCAUGAAGAGCUUACCUGCUUUUAACCAGAUGCCACCAAACGACCAGUUCUCACUUCUCAAAAGCUGCUGGGCACCGCUCUUUAUCUUGGGUCUGGCCCAGGAGCAUGUGGACUUCGAGGUGACGGACACACCUGCUGACAGCAUGCUGAAAAAGAUUCUCCUAAACCGUCAGGAGAGCAUCGAAAUGGGGAGGGAACAGCCCACCAUGGCCGGUUUCAGCAAACUCAAGUCCUGCCUCAAAAAGUUUUGGAGUUUGGAUUUGAGUCCAAAGGAGUAUGCAUACCUCAAAGGGACCACGAUAUUCAAUCCAGAUGUCCCAGAUUUAAAGGCAGCUGUCUUUGUUGAAGGCUUGCAGCAGGAGGCUCAGCACGCCCUCAGCGCCAUGGUCCAGCUCCUUCACCCAGGGGACCGGGAACGCUUUGCUCGAAUCCUCCUCACAGCCUCCACGCUGCAGAGCAUCACACCCAGCCUCAUCACUGAACUAUUCUUCCGGCCCUUGAUAGGCCAGGCUGACCUGCUGGAGCUUUUGGUCGACAUGCUCUUCUGCAGAUAGAAGAGGACGUUAGCUGUCCUGGAGAAGGUUGAAUCCAAUGUUUUUAAGGGCGGUGAUGCAGGACUUCUUCAUUGACCAACCCAAGCAAUGUUUACUCAAAUGAAGGAAUGCCUGACAGUGGACUCCUCAAACAAAAGCAUUUACGAUAGCCAACAAAAAUUAUGUGAAUUGGUGAACAUGAG